AUGGCUCUAUUCUACUACCGAUUCGCACUGGAUUUAGUUUGGGGAGCACAGUUUGCUUUUUUCCUGCUUUUCGUAAUACUUUACUCAUUCUUUACGGAUCAACUUUCGGAUUAUCAAAACUUUAUAUUUUAUAUUUCACUGCCGGCGCUAAAUGUUUCAGCAUGCCGGUCUAUCAUAGUACUAUCAGUAGCGAUUGAGAGAAUAGUGGCCGCCUAUGCCCCAAUCUUCUUUCACAACUAUCGCCACCGAUGUCCAAACAUCAUCAUUCUGAUGCUAGCAGUAAUAUUCGGCUUGACUGAUGACGUGGUUCUAUACGGGUUCUGCGACUUUCAUUUGAAUGUACCUAAAAAUUGUGUUUCUCUUGGUUGUGCAGUAAACCCUUGUUUUUUCAACUACUGGACCACGCACAAAACGGUAAUUUUCGCUAUGAUCUUUUCAUUUUAUUUGCUGUUAUGUAUCAAGUUGUUUAUCAUUAACAAUAUCAUGAAAACUGGGGACACCGAGUUUUCAAGACUCAAUCGUCUAGCUCUUAUUGAUGCUGCCAUUGUUUUUACGUUUAACUUUUUGCCGGAUUUCAUUGCGAGACAAUUUUCAACGGCUCAAUUUUUCAGUCCACUGAACAUUGGUCCGUAUGGAGGAGUUGCAAAAAUAUUUGGAUGUGCCAUUGAAGCAUUUCUAGUUUUUCGAACAAUGCAAAAAAGAAAAGAAUCGAAAAUUGUUGAAAAAACUCAGUCGUUGAAAUCCUUUUGCAUACGUUAUAGAAUGGCACAACAAUCUGAGCAGAUUAAAAUGAAUUUUUCGGCUGUGGCAAUUUCUACAUUGGGAUUUAUAUCCGCUCUUUUCACAUGUUUCAUGAAUAUUAUUCUUCUGAAAAAUUAUAUGAAAAAGAAAAACGACAUGGCUCUUUUCUAUUACCGAUUUGCAUUGGAUGUGAUUAUGGGAGCACUGCUUGCCGGUUUCCUAUUAUUAGCAGUAUUGUAUUCCGCAUUCUCAAAUCAAUUUUCCUAUUUACAAAACCUUAUUUUCUAUUUUUCACUACCAGCGUCAAAUGUAGCUGCAUGCCGGUCUAUAGUCGCACUUACUGUGGCAAUUGAAAGAAUGGUGGCUGCCUAUGCGCCAAUAUUUUUUCACAACUAUCGCCAACAGUUUCCAACUGUCAUUAUUUUGAUGUUAGCAGUGAUAUUCGGCUUGACCGAAGACGCUGUUUUAUACGGGUUCUGCGAUUUCCGUCUGAAUAUGCCUAAAAAUUGUGCUGCCCUUGGUUGUGCCUUAAACCCUUGCUUUUUCAAUUACUGGACCACCCAUAAGGCGACAAUUUUCGUUAUGACUUUAGUGUUUAUUUGGCUGUUGUGUAUCAAACUGUUCAUCAUUAACAAUAUAAUGAAGACUGGUGCAGCCGAACUUUCAAGAGUCAAUCGUCUUGCACUUAUUGAUGCAGCCAUUGUUUGUACGUUUGAUUAUCUGCCCAAUUUCAUUGCCAAACAAUUCUCAACAACUCAAUUUUUCAGCUACGAGAACAUCGGUCCGUAUGGAGCAGUUGCGAAGGUAUUAGGAUGUGCCAUUGAAGCAUUUCUAGUCUUUCGGACAAUGCGGAAAGGGAAAGGAUCGAGAAUUUCUGAAAAUAGCAGAUCAUCUAGUCGGCACUUGAAACAGAAGAACAUAACCAAACCAUUGAAGGCCUCUUUUUCAUAUGUUCUUUUCAUCUGUUUUAAAGAGUUUUGGAAAUCGGUCUCUCGAGUUAUGAUGCUCAGAGCACAAAUGCCAUUGAAGGCCUCUUUUUCAUAUGUUCUUUUCAUCUGUUUUAAAGAGUUUUGGAAAUCGGUCUCUCGAGUUAUGAUGCUCAGAGCACAAAUGGUAUGUUUCGGCAUUUUUGCCAAACUCAGCUGA